CUCCUCCUUGCCGUCAGCAGUUGCAGUCAAGCAGCGGUCGACGGUGCUGAAAUAGUCCCGCUUGUGGUCUUCGACAUUCGAUUGGGGAAAAAAGUGUGAAUAUUCGGUGCCAUCAUACUUCGAUCCAGUUAAAGUAAACGAGACAACAACAGUCAAGUGGAUGCCAAAUACUGGGACACGUCAGUAGUGCUUCAUUCAGUUGGAAUCUAAAAGGAGGAAUCCAGAAAGGCCAACCCCAAAACCGAAAGCAUCAUGGCGUUCGCCGGUCUCAAGAAACAGAUCAAUAAAGCCAACCAAUAUGUCACGGAGAAGAUGGGUGCCGCAGAAGGCACCAAAAUGGACGAUGACUUCGUCGAAAUGGAGAGGAAAACUGAUGUUACUUAUGAACUAGUGGAGGAGCUCCAAAUGAAGACGAAAGAGUUUUUGCAGCCCAAUCCUACUGCCCGGGCUAAGAUGGCCGCAGUCAAAGCAGGAAUAAGCAAACUAAGUGGUCAAGCCAAAGCUGCCACCUACCCACAGCCGGAGGGAACCCUAGGGGAGACCAUGUCGGCAUAUGGACGCAAACUAGGCGAAGAAUCCGUUUUCGGCGCUGCACUCAUUGAAUCUGGUGAAACAAUGAAGCAGUUGGCCGACGUCAAAUACGCUCUGGAUGAUAACGUCAAGCAAAACUUCCUGGAACCACUGCACCAUUUGCAAAGCAAAGACUUGAAAGAAGUUUUGCAUCAUCGCAAGAAGCUGCAUGGACGACGCUUGGACUUUGAUUGUAAAAAACGCAAGCAGACUAAAGGAGGUACGGGCGGUAACCUGCAAUCCAGCAGUCCUUAUGGGAGCCCUGCACGUUCUCCCUCACCCUAUCGGGGCACUGGCUCGUCAGUGACCGAGGAUGAAAUUCGCCAAGCAGAAGAAAAAUUUGCCGAGUCUCUUCAUCUGGCCCAAAUGGGAAUGCAUAACAUUCUAGAUAAUGACGUCGAGCAAAUUGCGCAGUUGGCUUUCUUUGCCGAAGGACUACUCGAGUAUCACAAACAGUGUACGGAUAUUUUGAAAGUGCUAACGGAAACACUUCACGACAAACGGAACGAAGCGGCAAGCAAGCCUCGCAAGGAAUUUAUCCCCAAAACGUUGGCUGAUUUGCCUAUGUCGAUGGGCGGAGAAAUGAUGUCGUCAACUGGCCGUACUACACCAUCAAGUCUUACGGAUGGAUUGAAUGGCAUGAAUAAUGCCAAAACACCUAGCGCAGUGUCUCCCAGCUCUGCCCCUGGUUGGGAUCCGUUUGGUCAGAAUGCGUCAGCCGCACAAGGGCGUCCGAACUCUAGGCCACAACCUAGCGCUACGGCUGUUUACGAUUUUGAUCCUGAAAACCCUGGUGAACUGGGUUUCAAGGAAGGAGACUGUAUCACUCUCACGAGUCGUAUUGAUGAGAACUGGUUCGAAGGCAGCGUCAAUGGUAAGACGGGAUUCUUCCCAGUCAAUUACGUGCAGGUGACGGUGCCGCUGCCCUAAUUAUAUAAAGAAAGGGAAAUAAGUAAAAUAAAAUCUGUGAGCGAUGGAUGGUGAAGGAUACAGAAUGCUGAGCCGAUUAUGCCGAAAGUGAGAUUUACGGUUUUCUUGGGUAGGAUUUCUGCUAAUAUUCACUACUUCUGUUGAAGAAUACCAAACAUAAAAAAAAAGAAAAAACACAAAAAAAAAGAAGAAAAACACUUAGCAUCCGGGUUGUAUUAAAUAUUUGGUUUGCUCUUUUGUUAUGAAGAUCAGAAGUUGUGUUCUUGCUUCAUUAAAUUUAGCAUCCGGGAUCGUAUCAAUUUUUACAUCACGUGUUAAAUAAAAAAUUACAAAUUUCUGAGUGUUAUUCGGGUUCGGAAUGUUGGCUUAUCCGAUUUCUGAUUUCUGACUAAAUGUUUUACUCUCUGUCUUCUCUCCCCGUCUUUAUGUUUCUCUUCUUUUCCUAUCCUCCUGCUCUGGGAAUAUAUACUUCUAACCAGUUUAUCGCAGUCUACUUCUAAUUUAGUUUGGAGUUAAUAACUACUACAUUAUCACCUUUUCUUGUUUGGCAAACAUUUCUCUUUCCGUCGUUUACAAGCAUAAUAUGGUAACUGUACUCUCUACUCAUAAUCAGCUACAACGCUGUAAUACCGUUGUACAAUUAAGAAUCCACCAUCUUCUGUAUUUUGAAUCUUAUUCUCUAAAUUUCUUGUACUUAGUAAGAAAAAGAAUGUUGUUGUGUGAUUAAAAGGCCGUUGUUUAAAAAUGUUUUUAUCGUGUUUAUGCGUCUGUCUAAUAGUUCAAAUCUUUAUUUAUUGGAGACUAAUCCGAGUAUAAUGGUCAAACUUUCUAACUAAAAUUCUGAACAUUUGGGCAUGCCACGGGUAAAUCCAAGGAAUUUUUUCUGUGAGAUUGCUUCGAUUGCUUAAAGCUGUAGCGGAACUAAUAAAAGCUGGUGACGACAUAAUUUGAUAAACUAAAUGUAGUUUUGGCAAUUGUCAACGAAUUAGUGAAUUACCAUAACUUUUGUCGUUGAAUACUAACUGGGUAUUAUCGUGAUAGGUCUUAUCUCUUUCAACUGCAGUUGUAGUGAUGCAAUUGAAUAAAUUUUUUGAUUUAGAUAGAUAA